AUGAGGAAGAAUCAGGCGGUAUUUGGAGUGGCUGCGAAGGUGCAGAAAUGGCUCGGAAAGAAGAAAACUCCUCAAUUUACAGAAGAUUUGAGAAAAUUCCAGGAUCUGCGUGUGCAAAGGGAGAGUACAAUCACGCCUUUGCACAAGAUUGUGUUUGAGAUUGUGGCUCAGCAUUUCCAAAUUGAUCAGUCGGUCGUGGUUGAUGGAUAUCUGGAUACGGAAGAGAAUGUGCAAUUUCUCAGUAACUUCUUCUCAAAGCAUGGGCAGCUGGCGAUCUUCUUCAGCUAUGGGCUGUUCCCUCUCGCCCCCGUUGAGUCUGGCCAGUACCACUCCCUGGAGAUGUGGCAGGCUGCCGUGCAGUGGAAGAGAAUUGUCAUAUCGACGAAUGAACCAACGCAACUCAAUCCGACUUGUGUGAUAAUCUAUCGAGUAGAUAACACUGAGAAUAUCACGAUCAGAAAUCAUCAGAACUUGAUCUAUUCCAAGUACUUCAAGGCCCAGAAGCCAGACAAUCAGACAGCAUUCACGAGGUUCUUGGAUGACUUCGAAGGCCUCCUUAAAUCUGAUCCGCUACAAGCCAUUGAAUCUGAUGCAGAAACUGGAUCAUUGACUGGUGAAUUUCUUAGCAUUUCCCAUUCUAUUCGAACGAUGGAUGACGCGCUGAAGAGCAAGCCAGUGUAUAAGAUUGAUCAGGAGCUGUUCAAAGGCUUUCUCAUCAACACCACUGUGAUUAAGGAGACAUCCAGGAAUCCUAAGAAAGUGAGUGAGAUUGAGAAGGUGUUCAGCAAGUGGAUGAAAGGAAUAAAGAGAAUUCUUGUCCGUGGUGAGCAAAUCUACAGAGAUUCUCGCGAUGCUCAACCAGCUAAUGAGUUUAUGCACUGGAGGAGAAUUGUCUUUGACUAUGCAUUCAUCAAGGAAGACAUAAAGAAGCCGGAGUUUGCGAAUGUUGUCCAAUGUCUCACAUUGGCGGGAUCGAGUCUUUUGAAAGAAUGGAAGAUUAUCCAGGAGAAUUUACACAUCGCAUACAUUCAAGCCAACGAUAUUUACCUCUUCCUCAACUCAGUUGUGCCAUUCUUCAAAGAUCUCCAUGAAAAAUCUCCACAGGACAUUAUCAUUCAAUUCACAGGCUUCUUAACAUUGAUCAAGAACGUUUCAGAGAUAUCGCAGUACUACCGAACGCCCAUGAGAAUUUGUGAAUUUGUCAGCAUUUUCGUCAAUCAGUUGAUUUUGGUGUGUCACAAUUACAUUGAGGGCAAAGAUGGAUCAGUUUGGCUCCAGCAGAGAUCAAAGGUGAUUGAGAAGAUUCAGGAUUCGCGCCAUUUUCUCGAUACUUUUGAAGAGAAGUAUCACGAUAUAGCAAAUUGGGAGUGUUCAAUGAAGCAUAUUUUCCACGCAAAGUCGCAAUUUAUGGACAAAUUGCAUGAAAUUGAGGAAAUUCUGAUAAUUAUGGAGUCUUCUUCGGUACUUGAUCGCAUUAGGAUGACAACAAUGGAUCCGUUUGCAGUUAGGAUGAAGGAGAAUUUUCAAGAGAUCGUCAAGGCUCCAUUGUCGCCUUUUAGUCGUGACAAUAAGACUUUUGGGAGUCUGCAUGGCAGGUUUAUUAAGCAAACUGAGAAGAUUGAGGAAGAAAUAUUUGUGAAGAUGAAAAAUAUGGUCCAAGAGUGUCCCAGUUCGAGUUCAAUGCUGCUGCUUUUAAAGCAAUACAGCAAAUUCAACUUGAGACCGCUGUGCAUUGAACAGCAACACUUUGCAGUAAUCAAUAAACUGGAAGAAGAAAUCUCAGAGAUUUACACAGCAUACAGAAAUGAGUCAGGCAAGGGUAUUCAAUACGGACGGUGUUUCUUGAGGAAAUUCGAAGACCCUGUGAAGAGUGUGAUGGAUCUCAACAGUCCGAUGUUAACAGAAAAAAUGACAAAAAGUCUUUACCUGCUCAACACUUUAAAGGACAUGAUCAAGCAGGAGGAAGAGGCAAUCUUCGACAGUUGGAAGUCAAGGAUGACUGGGGAAAUUAAUGCAGCUCUCAAGGAACCGGUGUUCGUGAAGAAACCCGAACAUCCUGGAUAUUACGUGAAUUUCAAUGAGAAAAUCUACCUCAGAAUAAGAGAGUGUGAUCAGUAUGUUAAAAUGCAAUUUAAACUACCAAAAGUGGGAAAGAUUCUGCUCACUGCCAAGAACGAUUUGCUGAGUGAUCGAGAUGCGCUAAUGGGUUGUGCCAAGAUUGAUUUGAAAAUGAGACGAGCGAUUCCUGCAGCUUUUCUGGAUAUAAUCUACCCACUUUUGAACGAUGUCGAUCGGUUAUUCAGAGAAGGACAAACUGUUAUAUGUUGGAUGUCAAGUUCUUUGCCGUCUUACAUUGAGAAACUGAACAAAUCGCUGAAGACUCUGAUGGACAGAGUGAAACAGAUUAGCGAUCGUGUGCUGAUGAUUGAAGAGUAUCUUGAGGAGAUUUCAGAGACAUGCUUAGCUACAGUUCCUGACGCGCCUGUGACAAUUGAUAAUCUGAAAAAGAUGAAUCUUGAUCAUCUGACUGGCACCAAGAAUUUCAUUUCAGCUCGAUCAAGUCUGAUGGAGCAAAUGGUGAUCGAUUUGAUUCAAGUAUUCUGCGAUUUAAUGGAAUUUCAAGAUGACAAAUAUGACUGGAUCAAUUUUGCCGAUCUUCCAAGAAUAGUCAAAUUGCCUACAGAAGAAAGUGAAACAUCGCGCCUUUAUAGGGAAUUUGACGAGGACAAUUUCGAUGUGAAACAAUUCCACAAAUUGUGCAUGGAUGUCUUCAAUUACUUCUACGAUCAAUUUCUCAUCAGCCUCAAAAAUUGCUUUCUCAACACUGUUGAGGUCCUGAAAAGUCAUCUGAUAAGAGAAUACUCAGAGAAUGGGAAACCUGUACCUAUUAUUGAGUCGAGUUUAAUCCUUAAAAUUGAGAGCGACGCUGGAGAAUUUUCCCUGUUGCCGUCAAUUCAGAAUAUUGAGGAUGGAAUUCAGGAAAUUCUCACAAAUUUGAUAUACUUCUUCAAGAGCAUCGCCUCAUGGGGCUUCAAGGCAAAGACAAGAAAUCACUUAGCAAUGUCUAAAUGGGAAUCUGAGUAUCCAAAAACGGUUUAUGCGUUCCUCUCAGAACGCGUGGAAAUGCAUCAAAUCUUAUUGAAUUUUAAGAUGAAUGUUAAAGAAGAAGUGCAUGACUUUGUCGAGAAACUCAGGGAUCGGUAUGAAUAUCUCUGGACAGUGAAUCAAUUCAAUAUCAAUAAGAAAAUAAUUUCGUCAAAUCCAUCAGUUCUGGAAAUACAAACAAUUCUUGAGGAGAUUUCUCAGGAAUUAUCUGAUGCAGAAGCCAGAAAAGAGGGAAAUUUCGUUGCCAUUCCAGUUAGAAUUUCCCUCGCUAAAGCAAUGGAUCAGAUUGUUCACGUGAUCUGGAUGUGGCGGGAAAAUUUGACUUCAGACAUGCUCUCGUUUCUUAGGAAAAAUAUGGCUCAGAUGAUGAAAUUUAUUCUGCAACACACGAAGCUUUUGAAAAAACCUGUCCGGGACAUUCAUAACUUGGAGGAAGUGUUUCAGUGUCUGAGAAUUGUGGUUGAGAGCUACACGGACACCGAUAUUCAACUGACUAAGGCUACAGACGUUCUCAAUCUUCUCAGGAUGCACAGAUCUAGUAUUCCCGAUGAUGAUUAUGAGAUUGUCUACAGACUGGAGAGGAGUCACAGGGAAUUAAUGGGACUGGAGAGUGAGAAGAGAGUGGAAUUGCUAAAUCUCUAUCGUCCUAUGGAAGAGUAUUUGAUGCAGAAAUCACAGGAGUUUGAGGAGGAGUGGAUAAAAUUUGAGAAAGAGUAUCAUGAAUCAGGACCUCUUAUUCCUGAUAUUUCUGCCAAAACUGCAUCGGAUAGAUUUUUCCUCUUCUCAGCACGCUUCAAUGAGCUAUUGAAGUUGUUUGAAUUGGUCAAGACUGGUGAAAGAUUAUUUGGGUAUCCAUCAAAGGAGAAUAAGAAUGUUCUAGUGAGGAAGACAGAGCUAGAAUCACUGUCGAAGUUGUACAGUUUGUAUAACGAAGUUCACAAUCUGGAUCGAAAUUAUCGAUUGAUGAAGUGGUUUAAUGUCUAUGUUGAGGACAUGAUGGAGAAUCUGAAGGAGAUUCAAGCGAGGUACAAUAGAUUACCUAAUAGUCUUAAGCGAUGGAAAGCCUAUGAGGAGCUGAAGAGGAAACUCACCGAAAUGAAUGAUCUUUGCCCAUUAAUUGGUCUUCUUCGAAAUGACGCUAUGAAGGAUCAUCACUGGAGUAGUUUGAGUGAAUGUUUAAACAUAAACAUUGAUGUUGAGAGUGACGAAUUCACACUGGGAACCAUUCUUGAUACGCACAUCCUGGAUGUUCGCGACGAAGUUGAAAAUAUUGGGAUUUCAGCACUCAAAGAGAAGGACAUCGAGGAGAAACUCAGGCAAAUUGAUGAGAUGUGGACAAACAUGAGAUUUCCAUCUUCACCUUUCAAAGGAAGAGGAAAUUUCUUGCUCAAGGGAACAGAGACACAAGAUUUACUAGCACAGAUCGAUGAUGCUCUACUAAUCCUGAACUCCUUGGCGGCUAACAAAUAUAAUGCAAUUUUCAUGAAUCGAACUCUCCACUGGAUUGACAAACUUUCGAAGACCAGCAAUAAUCUGGACAUGUGGCUUCAGGUUCAAGAUCUAUGGCUGUAUCUUGAGGCAGUCUUCGCGAGUGGUGACAUAUCACGCCAACUUCCCGUUGAAGCGAGACUCUUUUCCAAUGUCGAUCUGAAUUUCUCAAGAAUCGUUCAUCGAGCCUUGAGCAUUGACAAGGUAAUUGAGUGCUCCACUCAUCCGGAUCUUCAAGUGUCUUUUCCCAUAAUCAUGCAACAACUGGAACAAUGUUUGAAAUCUCUGUCCAGCUACUUGGAAAAGAAGCGGAGACUCUUCCCGAGAUUCUUCUUUGUAUCUGAUGAGGUGUUGAUUCAGAUUUUGGGACAAUCAAAUGAACCAAAAAAUAUUCAAACGCAUUUCCUGAGUCUGUUCGAUGCUCUGGCGAGAGUGGAGUUCAAAGAGAAUUCACCAAACAUAAUGGAGGCUUUUCUUUCUUCAAAUGGUGAGAAGGUUCCUAUGAUCAAUUUGGUAUCGUGUACGGAAAAUGUUGAAAUAUGGCUGGGAGAACUGUUGAAAACAAUGCAAGACACCAUUAAGAGUGUCACAGCGGAUAUGUCCAGGUCGGUAGUUGAGAAAGAUUUCGACUUCGUGAAGAACUUUGAUAAGUACACCGGACAGAUGGGAAUUAUAGGGCUUCAGGUGCUUUGGACGCAUCUCUCGGAAACGGCACUGAUGAAGAGCAAGCGAGAUUCGUCUAUCAUGAAAGAGACCAAUAAAUCUUUCCUCAAUCUCCUCAAUCAACUCAUAGAGCAGACUGCACUGGAAUUAUCUUCUCUGGACAGAAUCAAAUAUGAAGCCAUGAUCACGAUUCAUCUCCACCAGAGGGACAUUUUCCAGAAGAUGUACAGUAUGAAAGUAUCAAGUCCGCAGAACUUUGAGUGGCAGAAGCAACAGAGAUUUUAUCUGUUUGAUGAGACAGACACUAUUGCCAUCAGGAUCACCAAUGUGAAAUUCACCUACCAGAAUGAGUAUCUUGGUGUGACGGAUCGCUUGGUGAUUACACCACUCACUGAUCGCUGCUACAUCACUUUGGCUCAGGCGAUUUCCCUCAAUAUGGGUGGAGCUCCUGCAGGCCCGGCAGGAACGGGGAAAACAGAAACGACAAAGGAUAUGGGAAAGAGUCUGGGAAAGUACGUUGUGGUGUUUAACUGUUCGGAUCAAAUGGAUUUCCGUGGAUUGGGACAAAUCUUUAAGGGAUUAUCCGAAUCUGGAUCUUGGGGAUGCUUUGAUGAGUUCAAUCGGAUUGAUCUCUCUGUGCUAUCCGUUGCAGCCCAACAGAUUUCGUAUCUUCUGACUGCCAGACAAGGGAACAGUUCAGUGUUCACAUUCAUUGAUGGAAAUUCUCUAAAAAUGAACAGAGAAUUUGGGAUAUUUAUCACAAUGAAUCCCGGAUACGCUGGACGUCAGGAAUUGCCAGAGAAUCUGAAGGUAAUGUUCAGAUCUUGUGCAAUGAUGGUGCCUGAUCGUCAGAUUAUCAUUCGUGUGAAACUAGCAAGUUGUGGCUUCAAGGAGAAUAUCAUUUUGGCCAGGAAGUUCUACACACUGUAUAAGUUGUGUGAGAAUCAACUCUCCCAUCAGAUUCACUAUGACUUUGGACUGAGGAAUAUUUUGUCAGUUCUGCGAACACUUGGCGUUCAGAAACGUGCUAAUGUGAGAGAAAGUGAGCAAGCAACACUCAUGAGAGUCCUCACGGAUAUGAAUCUGUCCAAGUUAAUUGCAGAGGAUAAACCGAUAUUCCUCUCGCUGAUGCGUGAUCUCUUCCCGAAAAUAAAGGUGUUCAAGUCCAAAUAUGAUGAUCUUCAGGAGUCAAUUCAAGCAUAUGCGAAGGAGGAGAAUCUCGUGAAUGCCCCUGAUUGGAAUCUAAAGGUUCAACAACUUUAUGAGACGUGUCUAGUGAGACAUGGAAUCAUGGUGAUGGGAGAGACUUUCACUGGGAAAACCACAGCUAUGGAGGCACUUGUGCAUCACUUUGGGAGACUUGGUCAGAAAUAUCAGACCAUGAAGAUGAAUCCCAAAGCCAUAACGUCAGCUCAGAUGUUUGGGAGAUUGGAUGUUGCAACAAACGAGUGGACUGACGGCAUUUUCUCAAUUCUCUUCCGGAGGAUUUGCAAACCGAAGGAAAAUGAAUAUUUUUGGAUUAUUCUUGAUGGGCCGGUUGAUGCAAUUUGGAUUGAGAAUCUCAACUCUGUUCUCGAUGAUAAUAAGACCUUGACUUUAGCAAAUGGAGAUCGCAUUAUCAUGUCUCCAAACUCAAAACUUAUGUUUGAAACGGACAACGUGAACAAUGCUUCACCAGCUACAAUAUCACGAUUGGGAAUGGUGUAUUUGAGUUCAUCAGUGCUUCAGUGGCAGGAUAUUCUGAACAGUUGGGUAGAAAGGACUUCGAAGAAUAUUGCGAAACAUGUUAAAUAUUGCUUCAAUGACUAUUUUGAAGAUCUUCUGGCUUUUGUCACGACGAGGUUGUCUCCUAAAAUGAAGAUCACCGAGAAUGGAUAUGUUAAACAGUGUGUAGAUAUUCUGGACAGUCUGACAAAGGCUGGUUCGAAUUUUGAGGAUCGAAAUGUCAUUCAAAGACUGACUUUGUAUGCAAUGAUCUGGUCUCUGGGAGCACUUCUCGAUGCGAAUGAUCGGAAAAGAUUUCAACAGUUCAUCAAAAGUCAAGAUACAAAUCUACCCUGGCCUAAAAUAACAGGCGAUCAAUCUUUUUUUGACUUCUUCGUCAACAGCAUUGGAGAAUGGACGCAUUGGGAAACCAAUAUGCCAGAAAGUAUCCAGUUGAAAGAGGAAAAUUUCCGGUUUACCAGGAUGAUUGUGCCCAAUGUGGAAAGUGUGCAGUUGACCUAUCUUCUCCAGCGUCUGUGGAAAGAGAAGAGGCCUGUUCUGAUGAUUGGCGAGCAAGGUACGGGGAAGACAAUAACAGUCCAACAACUGAUGGAAAAAUUUGAUUCAGAAGAGAAUGUGACGAAGACACUCAAUUUCUCUUCACUAACCACACCUGAUAUGUUUCAGAAGACAAUUGAGGGAAAUGUGGAGAAAAGAACUGGAGCAAUUUAUGGUCCACGAGCUCAUAAAAGACUCACUCUGUUUAUUGACGAUCUCAACAUGCCGACAAUCAAUGAAUGGGGAGACCAGACAACAAAUGAGAUCGUGCGGCAACUGAUAGAAAAUUGUGGAUUUUAUUCUUUGACAAAACCCGGAGAUUUCAUCAAGAUUCAGGAUCUGCAAUUCAUAGCGGCAAUGAUGAAUCCUGGUGGUGGUCAGAAUGAUAUUCCUAAUCGUCUAAAGAGGCAGUUUUCGAUCUUCACAUGCACACUUCCGAGUGAAAACUCAAUUGACAAAAUAUUCACUACAAUAGCAGAAAAAUACUUCCUACCAGAUCGCUUUGCCAGAGAUAUUGUGAAUUUUUAUCCGACUCUUGUCACGAUGACGCGGAAGUUGUGGCAAAUCACCAAGGAGGGUCUUCUCCCGUCUCCUGCGAAGUUCCACUACAUCUUCAAUCUCAGGGAUAUGUCUCGCAUAUGGCAGGGAAUCUUGCAGAUUGAACCAGACGAGUGUCAAAAUGUGCCAGAUCUAAUAAAACUGUGGCUCCACGAGACAAAAAGAGUCAUGUCUGACCGUUGUAUUGCCAUAGAGGAUCAGGAAUGGUUUAUUGGAGCGCAGAAGAAGAUCUGCGAGGAAAUGGCAGAAUAUUCAUGUGACGAAGACGUAUUGUUCGUGAACUUCUUGAGAGAUAUUCCCGAUGUAGAUGAAGAGAAGGGUGAAGAUAUGGAUGAUACAGUUCUCUUGGAAGCGCCUAAGGUUUAUGAAGUUGUGCAGAACACUGAUGAUUGUGUAAAGAGAAUUGAGACAUUCAUGCAACAGUACAAUGAGACUGUCAGAGGAGAGAAGCUGAAUUUGGUACUCUUCCGCGAUGCUCUGACACAUUUAAUCAUCAUUUCUCGGAUUAUCAAUAUGGAAAGGGGAAAUGCUCUUCUUGUUGGCAUUGGAGGCUUUGGAAAGAGAAGUCUUAGCAAAUUGGCCACAUUCAUUGCUGGAUAUGAAUUUCAUCAAGUCACCCUGACAACUGGUUACAACACAACAAAUUUACUUGAAGAUAUUAAGACUGCGUACAAAAGUGCAGGUCUUGGAAAUGGAGUGACUUUCCUCUUCACCGAUGCAAAUGUUGUGGAUGAGACCUUCCUGGAUUAUCUCAACAAUUUGUUGACGUCUGGAGAGAUUCCUAAUCUCUUCACCAAGGAGGAAUAUUCAGAGAUUGGGAACGAGUUGACGACAAAGUUGAUGAAAACUGGGGAUCCCAAAGCCGUUUAUACGCUAAAUGAUUUGAUAGAAAAAUUCACAACUUCUGCAAAGAUAAACUUCCAUAUGGUGCUCUGCUUUUCUCCUAUUGGAACGAGUUUGAGAGGAUGGACAAUUAAGUUUCCAGGACUGAUGUCUGGAUGCACCAUUGAUUGGUUCCAUGAUUGGCCAGACAGUGCAAGAUUAGCUGUUGCUCAGCACGUGCUGAGAGAUUUUCACAUUGUGUGCGAAGAUGGGACGAAAGAGAGCCUUAUAAAGUCCAUCAGUGAUAUUCAUGGGUGUGUUGAAGAAGUUGCUGACGAGUACUUUGAGCGGUUUAGGAGGAGAUUGUUCGUCACUCCAAAGAAAUUUCUCAACUUCUUGGAGAGUUACAAGAUGUUAUAUGUGAAAAAGAAAUUGCAAAUUGAGACAAUGUCAGAAAGAAUGAGUCGUGGUAUCCAGAAGCUUCUUGAUGCAGCAGAUUCAAUCAAUGUUCUGGAAGUGGAAUUACGUGAAAAGGAGAAGGAUAUCAAUUUUGCAACCGAAGAGGCAAAUAAAGCUCUCAAACUUGUUGAGGCUUCGACAUCAGUGGCGGAAGAGGCGCGUAAUAAGGUGAUGGAAAUCAAGACAAAAGCUGAGGAAUUGGUCAGUGAGAUUGAGAAGGAUAAAGAAGUGGCUGAAGGCAAGUUGGAACUUGCAAAACCGGCGCUUGAGGAAGCAGAAAGGGCUCUCUUAACGAUUAAACCCACCGACAUUGCAACUGUUCGAAGACUCGCCAAUCCUCCUCAUUUAGUCACAGUCAUCAUGGAUGCCGUUUCGGUGUUGUUGUAUGAGAAACUUGAUAAAGUGUCUAUGGACAAGGAGAAGGGAUUUCUCAAGACAUCCUACAAGAAUUCUUUAAAAGUGAUGUCAGGAACGAGAUUUCUCCCUCGACUGAGAGACUUCAAGAAAGAUCGAAUCAAUGGUGAAAUUAUGGAUCUACUGGUGCCUUAUUUAAAGUAUCCCAAGUACAAUAUGAGUGAGGCGAAGAAGGCAUGUGGAGACGUGGCCGGACUGCUUUCCUGGACCAUUGCCAUGACGAAGUUCUAUGCAGUAAAUCGAGAUGUCUUACCUCUAAAGUCAGCCUUGAGGAUCCAAGAAGCGAAGUACGAAAAGGCUAUUAGACAAUCGGAAGAUGCGGAAGUUAUGCAUAAAAGAACUGAACAGGAACUUGCUGAAAUCCAAAAGGAGUUGGAUAAGACAACAGCGAAGAAGGAAAUGGUAUUGGGCGAAGCUGCAGAAUGCAACAAUAAGCUUAGUGCUGCAACUCAAUUGAUAUCCGGCCUUGUGGAUGAGAAAGUUCGUUGGACUAAGCAGAUUGAGCAGUUCAAAGCAGAAAUUCAAAUGCUAAUCGGCGAUAUUUUCUACAUGUGUGGCUUUGUGUCCUAUUCUGGUGCCUUUAAUGAAGAAUUCCGCAGCAUUAUUAUGAGGAUUAUACGGGAAAAGCUUGAGGAAAAUCUGAUACCUCAUCAGAAAAGCCUGAACUUGGUACAGUUUUUCGUGGAUCGAAGUGUCGUCAGCGAGUGGCUCCUUUAUGGUUUACCAGAUGAUGAUUUUUCCAUUCAGAAUGGCUUGAUUGUCACCCAAGCGGAUAACUUUCCUCUCCUGAUUGAUCCUCAAUCGCAGGGAAUUGCUUGGAUAGAACAAAUGGAGAAACAGAAUGAACUCAUCGUCGUGGAACAAAACACGAAAAACUUCCAAAUGAACAUUGAGAAUGCAAUUGAGAGAGGAAAUGUUGUUUUACUGAAAGAUGUGAAUGAGAAAUUGGAUCCUUGCCUAACAAAUGUGUUGAACAGGAAUCUCAUGAAGAGCGGAACAACGCUGAAAGUUAUUGUUGGUGACAAAGAAGUGACGUGGAAUGAGAAUUUCCGUUUGUAUAUCACAACUAAAUUGGAAAAUCCGCACCUCAGCCCAGAAGUUUCUUCAGCUGUAAACAUCGUGGACUUUUCAGUGACAAUGUCGGGUCUGGAGAAUCAAUUGCUUGGUCGAGUGAUUCGUUGUGAGAAGGCUGAAAUGGAGCAAGAGAGAAUUGAGUUGAUUGAGGGAAUAACGAGAAAUAUGAAAACUAUGGAGAAAUUGGGAGCGGAUCUGUUGCAGAAACUGUCAUCAAUUGAAGGGAGUAUUCUCGAUGAUGUGAGUCUCAUUGAGAUGCUAAAUGAUAGUAAAAAUACAUCCAUAGACAUUGUAAAGAAGCUGGCCAGCGCAGAAGAGACUGAAGUGAAGAUCAAUAGUGUUCGUGAGACGUAUCGUCCGAUUGCAAGAAGAGGAAGCAUUCUGUACUUUUUCAUGGCCACUUUGCCUGAAAUUAAUCACAUGUAUCGCACAUCUUUGGCACAAUUCCUUGUAAAAUUCGAUGAGUCCCUUCAUCAAGCACCGCCAUCGCCAGAGGUUUUCUCGCGAAUCACAUCAAUAAUCAAAAAGAUGACAAUCAACAUCUUCAGAUACCAAAGCAGAGGAUUGUACGAGAAGCACAGAUACACUUUUGCCCUUCUCAUGGCUCUUAAAAUUGAUGUUGAUCAAGGGAAAAUUCGUCUUUCAGAGUUUGAGUACUUUAUUAAAGGUGGAUCAGCCGUUGAUGCAUCCAAUGUGCCGAAAAAUCCAUUCAAUUGGCUUCCAGAUAACAUUUGGACGAACAUAACCGAAUUAGCAAAACUGGAUCAAUUUUCCCAACUCAUUGACGAUAUGGGUUCGAGAGAGAAAAUCUGGCAAGUGUGGUAUUCAAAGCCUAAUCCAGAAAAUGCCCAGAUUCCGGAUCUAUUCCUCAGGCAGUUCCAUAAACUCCUGUUGAUAAGGGCUUGUUGUCCAGAUAGAGUGCUCAGUCAGAGUCAAAAGUACAUCGCUGAGUCACUGGGAAGUGAAUUUCUCCAGCCGAUUCUCAUCAAUUUCAAAGAACUUGCUGAGGAGAGCAGCGCUGUGUCGCCCAUAAUUUGCCUUCUCUCCAUGGGAUCCGAUCCCACUGCGGAUAUUACAGACUUGGCAAGGAAGCGAGAUACUACGCUUCACAUUGUCUCAAUGGGACAAGGUCAGGAGGUGUUGGCUAGGAGAUUCUUUGAGGAUGUCAUGUCAGGCGAUGGUGGAUGGAUUCUCAUACAGAAUUCCCACUUGAGUUUGGACUUUAUGGAUGAACUGUCUCUGACGUUGGCGGAGAGGGAGAAGGCGAAGAAGUAUCCAGAGAACACCAGGAUAUGGAUAACAUCAGCUGAAAACGAAAAAUACCCAAUCAGUCUUCUGCAGAGGUCCAUCAAGUACUCCAACGAUCCGCCUUCGGGACUGAAAGCUGGUCUGAAGAUGACUUAUGGAAAUUUAACUCAAGACAUGCUGGACUUUUCCAAUUCCAACUUCUACGUUCCACUGAUUUAUACCAUCUCAUUUCUUCACACAGUUGUUCAGGAACGAAGAAAGUACGGACCAAUUGGAUGGAACAUUCCGUAUGAAUUCAAUUCGGCAGAUUGGCUCUCGAGCUGCAUGUUUAUUCAAAAUCACUUGAUGGAGAUGAAAAUGAGGAAGGGAUUCGUGAACUGGUCAGCAAUUCGGUACAUGAUCAGUGAGGUUUUCUAUGGAGGCAGAGUCACUGAUGAUAUGGACAAGAGACUCCUGACAGCCUUCACCCAGAUGUGGUUUGAAGCCUCAAUUGUUGAUGAGAAUUUUUACCUCCGUCCAGAAUUCUCAGUAGUCAAGUGCCAAACAAAAGAAGAAUAUCUGGACUACUUUGAGAAAAUGGAUGAAAAUGAAUCACCUGAAAUUUGUGGUCUACAUCGGAAUAUUGAGAUAAAUUACAACAUCAUGGUGGCGGAGAAUGUCUUCAACACUGCUCUGGCUGUUCAGCCUAAAGGAUCUGGGGCAGCAUCAAAGGAUGGAGAGACUAGAGAGACCCAAGUUUCACGUAUGGCGGGAGAAUUACUGCAGAAACUCCCGAAAUCCUUCGAUAUGCACGAAGUUGAGGAGAGACUCGCGGAAAUGGGCAUUCUGGAUCCAAUGGCAAUCUUCCUUCGGCAAGAAAUUAAUUCAAUGCAGCUUCUCUUGAGUGUUAUUGGGAAGAGUUUGAGGGACUUGCAGCUGGCAAUUGAUGGAAUGAUUGUCAUGAGUGCAACUCUGCAGGACACCAUGGAUGCGUUGUACGAUGGAAAGAUUCCCAAAACUUGGGAGAAAUUCAGUUGGCCGACAAUGGAGAAGCUCGGCUUUUGGUUCGGGGAUUUGCUCAAAAGGACUAAAUUUCUGCAUUCAUGGUGCUUCAGUGGUCGACCGAAUUUGUUCUGGAUUGGUGGUCUUUUCAACCCAAGUGGUUUCCUCACAGCUGUUCGCCAAGAAGGCGUGAAACUGCACUCAGACUGGCCUCUGGACAGCGUGAAUCUGGACGUGAGUGUUCUCAAUACGUACGCUCGUGACUGCAAGAAGUCGGUGAAGGAAGGCGUGUUGGCGUAUGGUUUGGUCCUCGAGGGCGCUGGUUGGGACAGGAAACACUCAUCGUUGUGCGAUCUGCAGGCCAAAGUGGUGCACACGCCGAUGCCUGUGUUCCACAUUUUUGCCAUUUCGGGAAAGCCAGCAAGAGAUUAUGACUACUAUGAAUGUCCUGUGUACAGGACGAGCGAGAGGAAACACUGCGUGGCGAUGUUCAGGCUGAGGACGGUGAAGAGACCGCAGGAGAAAGACACCAAUUGGAUUCUUAGAGGAACGGCCCUGAUCACGAAGUAA